UUAUAUCUCAAAAACCAUCCAAGAAUUUUGGGCCAAACUUCUUCCAGAAAUGGCUUCAAGAGCUGUAGCCUCCAUUGCCUACUUGCUCUUUCUCAACCUUCUCUUCUUCAGUACGGUGAGCGCUACGACUUGCCCCGUGGAUGCCCUAAAGUUCAAAGUAUGUGUCAAUGUGCUGGGUCUAAUUAAGAUCCCACCAGAUGAACCUUGCUGCAGCCUCAUCAGUAAUCUUGUUGAUCUUGAAGCUGCUCUUUGCCUUUGCACUGCCAUCAGGGCUAAUGUAUUGGGCAUUAACCUCAGUAUUCCACUCGACUUGAGCUUGGUGCUCAACGAUUGUGGCAAGGAGGUUCCAGAAGGAUUCACUUGUCCAUAAGUCCUUUUUGUUUAAUUAAUUUCUUUCUUUCCCUACGGUGUGUUUCAACUUUGGGAUGUUUUCUGAA